CGUGGGGUAGAACUGUUUAGUCGCCUCCGUCUGUCCAAGGGAUUAGUAGCAGCGGGGAGUGAUGCUGUCUCUCCUUUCCUCGGCAGUUCGCGGGAGGUGAAGGAGCUCUGGCGGGACUCACUCCUUGGGCAAACAAAAGGACCUAAGGAAACCAGAGCGUCCAGAGCUCCCCUGAUUAAACUCCUCAUGAAAGUGUUAAGCAGCUGUAAUACUUCAAAGACACUAAAUGCUGGCAACAUGGAGAGUUUGAUCGAGUGCCCGUCAGAGGCUGAUGCCAAGAAAUGUCCCCUGUUGGGACCAGCAGACACCGAGGAUGGACUUUGCCACUUGGCUGCAGAUGGAAUGAAGAAAAGAAAGAAGGUGAUAUCGUGGCCGUUCGCUCUGAGACGAACCUCUACCAGUGGGGAUUCCCCUGGGCAGCUGGACUCUGGCCUCAAGAUCGCUCUGUUUGGCCAGCCUCUGGCAAUUAUUUGUGGGGAAGAUGACACGCUGCCCCAGCCAGUCCAGGAUCUCCUCGCUAUAUUGUAUAUGAAAGGACCUUCCACUGAAGGGAUAUUCAGAAAAGCUGCCAAUGAGAAAGCACGAAAAGAGUUGAAGGAGGACCUAAACAAAGGCGAGAACGUUGAUUUGAAAAGCAAACCUGUGCAUCUGCUGGCAGUGGUCUUGAAGGACUUCCUCCGAAAUAUUCCCUCCAAGCUCCUGUCAGCCGACCUGUAUGAGAAGUGGAUGCUAGCACUGGAGAAGCCAAGCAAGCAGGAAAAAAUUGAAGAAUUGAGAGAGGUGGCCGACAAACUGCCCAGACCAAACCUCGUCUUGCUCAAGCACUUGCUCUCCGUGCUGCACCGCAUCAGCCAAAACGCCGCCAGCAGCAGGAUGGACUCCAACAACCUCGCCAUCUGCGUUGGCCCAAACAUGCUGGGCCCGGGGACGGACAGCACGCUGCCACUGGAGGUGCAGAAGGAGAUGAACGACAAGGUGACAGUGUUGGUGGAGUUCCUCAUAGACAACUGCUCAGAAAUAUUUGGGGAAGACAUUGUCUGGCCCACGAGUGCCUUGACUGAGGAGUCAAUGGAGCACACAGACAGCUCCACAGAACACCUAUGUGCUGCUCAUCAGAAUGAUUCCGCCUAUGACAGCCCAGAUCCUGAAGCUGAAUGCAGCUCCUGUACCUGUGAGGUGGAACAUCCCAAAGGGAGAAGCACUGGUGUGAGCAGAAGAUACCCAACAUGCAUGUCUGCCAGUUCACUGACUAGCUGUAAAAAUGACAUCAGCACGAUGGACAGGAGGUACUCAGAGCCAGACCUGUCCUUUCAGAACCGCUUUGAAAGCAGGAUAAGGAAACAGAAGCUAAACAAAAGUGAGGACAAUUUUCCAGUUCAGCAGAAACAGCAAGGGUUGGAGAAUGAGGCACUGGAAAAACGGCUUGCAAUCCUACCUUCACAAUUAUCAACAGACUCUCUACCCAAAACAUCCUCCAGUUGCUCCCUGGAGAGCUCUGAUGGCUCGGUCUUCACCAGUUCCCCAGUAGUUUCACCCUCUAGUCCCAAAAAAAACUUUUUAAAUAGGCCUCAGUCCUUUUGCACCAAGCCCAAUGAAGACUGCAGCACACCUCGGCGAGAGAUCAAAAAGCACUCCAUGUCAUUCUCUUUUGCAAACCACAGGAAAACACUAACAAAACCCCUGAGUUGGGGGCCUGGAAAAAAUAUGGGUUUCCAGAGAGACAGUUUCACGAGGAAAGAUCAAUUCUCUUGCAGAAUUGUCCAGGAAAACAGCCCUGAGGAUGACAAACCAUUGCCUGUGCCAUGUCAGCAAAGACCACGUUUCAGGUCAGCUGAUGAAGUCUUCAGAGAGGUAGACCAGAGGAAUCCUGGAAGACCACCCUCUUACGAAGAAGCUACUAGAAACUGCCUGGCCACUCAUGUUCCCUCCUGCAAUCUCACAGUUCAAACUAUGAGAUUAAAGGUUUCAAACCAGGACACUUUGCUGCCCGAUCCAUGCAGCAGCUGUGCACAGGGCACAGCCUGUGCAGCUCCAGGGGAUCUACCCAGUGACAGAGUUCCUGCAGUGAAGGACUCUGAUGGAGAAACUGAAACCCUCAGUGUUACUGUUGGAAUAAACUCCCGCGUGAAUUUACCUGUGACCCCUGGAGUGUACCGACUGAGAGCCAUGUCUGAAUCCUAUCAAAAGAACAAACACGAGUACGUGGCUCGGAGGUGCAGCCAGCCAAUUUUUGAGGUAGACCAAAUCCAAUAUGCGAAGGAAUCCUAUGUUUAAAGAGCUUAUCCCCCCUCUUUGCACUGUGCAGAGUAAAUAUUGUAAAAACAGAUAUCUUGCUCAUCCUUUGUAAGAUUUUACUUUCAAGGGACCAAGAAUAAGCUAGCUCCAUAUGAACUUUUUUUUUUCUUGGAGGCUCUUCUGAACUGUUUGUCAGUUUGACAUGUCACAUUCAUCCACCGUAAGAGGUGGGGUGGGGGGAGACCUGUGUGUAUUAUUAUGUAAAAAUAUGAGUAAAUACGCUGUACAUAACCUUUUGUGUUUGAAAACUAGUCUAUAGUUGAUAAACAGUGUUGUAUUUGUAUCCAUAAAAGGACAAUUAAAAGGUAGGCAGGUCCAAAACCUGCACCACCUUCCUUUUCUUCUCUGUAUGGUCACAGGCUCUAUGCCAUGUGUGUAUGUCAGGCUGAUGCAAUGCUUUGCUGAUUUUCUGCAUUAAGAAGUGGGUUGGCAGUUACCCCAGCAGGGGAAGAGCUCUUCUGUCAUCAAGGCCAUUUCUACAGUCUUCCCUAAAGCCCUAUGUACCUGCUGCCAUUCCUUCCUCCUGCUUGCUGGUCAUGAGAACAAUCCGACCACUAACCAGCAUUAGUAUUGUGUACUGAGCCUGGGUUUAGAGCCACCGAAGCCCUACAAGGUCAUUACGGGCAUGUAUCAAGUAAGCCUCAUGUGGUCUGAGGUGCCUCAUGUGGUCUGAGGUGCCUUUAUUUGAAAGAAACUGGACGGCUAAUCAGAAAGAAAGAACAUCUUCAGUUUUGCUUUUAUAAGAAAAAAGAAGAAGAAAGAAAUCUUGUAAGGAAACAUUCUAGAUUCCAGCUUUAACUAGUCAAAAUUGCAGUUUAUUUGUAAAAUGAAAAAAAAGAAAAAAAAAAGAAAGAAAAAGAACAUCUCCACGUGUUGUCUUUAUAACCUUGUAAAAAUGACUAGAAGUGCAAUGUGUUUUUACAUGUAGGAACUUGUUUUGGUUAGCACUUACCUUUAUGGCUCAGUAAAGCCUUGAACCAGGAGCUGGCAGACUUUUGUUUUUCUCCUGUGUAACUUCACUACAAUAAAACACUUUUCUGCAUGACCACCA